AUUGGCUGAAAUAUAAAGCUCUUGGGGACUAAAAUCCUGCCAUGACAUUGAGAGAAAAACAGCAACUCACUCGUAGAUUCAUUCAUGUGCAAACACACUCAAAGAAGUCGCAGAUAAUAAUAUAUAGGAGGCGGACCUGAAAGAAAGAUGACUUCUUCAUUAAUCACUCGAACUCUUCUUUCUGGCGGCUAUGGCCAGAAACAACCAGCUCUAUCUCACAACCCUUGUCGCUUUAUUUCUUCAAACUCUCAUUUAGGGCUAAAGCUGCACUCUCCGCCUUCUAUCACCAUACUCAAGAAGAAGAAGAAGAAGAAUCUGAGAACAACUCACAUUGCCAUUCGUCCUGUUCUCGCUGCCCAAUCCAAUUUCUUUAAAGUUGUGCAAAGGGUAUUGAAAGUAGGGAAGGAUGGAGUUGAAGCUGGAACCAACCUGGUGCCUAAUUCUGUUCCCAGACCAAUUGCUCGAAUAUCUGUAGCCGUUGUUGCGGGUACCCUUGCAUUGUUCGUGUUUAAGUCCAUCUUAUCUACAGCAUUCUUUACACUGGCAAUGAUGGGACUAAUAUACUUCACAUAUAUAGCUUUGAACAAGGAUGAAGGUGGUGGUGGUCCAAAAGGAGGUGGAAAGCGGCCUCAGUCCACCGACGAUGCUCUCGAUGAAGCAAAACGAAUCAUGGACAAGUACAAAUAAUAAUAAUGAACUUACUUCAACAAUGUAAGGUUUUGAAGGAAAUACAGCUUCUUCUUUUGUUGUUGAACAACCUUAAAUCAGGCUUGUUUGUUUGAUAAGUUGCAGGCAGAGCUGUAGCAUGAAAAUUGUUCACAAAAUAUUAAUUAAAAUAGUUUUUUGAGUUGGCUCAUUUGUGUAA